UCCUCCAUAGAGUGAGAGGUCGAGCAUAUCUUGCAGACGACUUUUUUUUCCUCACUCAUACUUCGCUUGAGCUCUGUAAUAAAAGUGAAAACAAACAAACAAAAACAAAGUGUAAUUAAGUGGAUAUUAAAACACAGACUGGUAUCGAUUCUAACAACUUGUUUGGCUGGAAAGUUAAAUAGAGACUCAGUUAGCUCUCGUUCAUUGAAUUGCAUGUUUUGCAAACACAAUUGCCGAGCGGAAUCGAUUGCGAACUCGGCACGUGCUUUGAUUGAUAAGUAUCGAGUACUGCUCAUCUCUCUCUCUCUCUCUCACAUCGAGUUUCUGUUUGCCCCUCUCUCUCACUCCCUCAGUCAUUCCUGCCAUUUAACUCCGUGAUUUAUAUCGCUGAGGCCAUUGCGACAAAACAGCCCGGAGUAUCAAAGUGAUGGAUUACUUCUUUCUAACUCUCCAUCUGUUUGUGAUCUUCAUUCACUCCUAGCGCCACUUCGAAAGAUGAAGAUUUUAUUAUUUUAAUAUGAUCCAAUCCAUCAACUAGAGAUGAUUUACUAUUUGAAGAGUCUUGAGUAAGUAGAACGGAUGUCAGGUAUUAGAGCUUUCAUUGCCAAAGAUGAUCCACAAGUCAACGUAGUGCCCCACUUUCAAAAAUUUUCCUAUGGAAGACGUCACGCUGCCGCUACAGUGACCCCAACAUGAUCCACAUUCACACUGGGGGCGGGUUCAGUAGCGGUCUCGGCAGGAAGUACCCCAACUCGCUGAACCACGCAGACUGGAAGGCGCCCCUGAGAUGCGGGUUCCUCUUCUGCACGUUCAGCUGUGUGCUGUUUGUGAUCGGUGUCAUCCUGACCUGGCUAGGUAUACGUAGAAUAGGUGUGCACGACGUCUUCGGGGAGACUGUACCCAUCACAGGGCCCAUCUUGCUCUUCGUUGGGGGCCUCAUGCUACUGCUAGCCGCACGCCAGUUCUACUUGGCCCACACCAGGAAAAAACUUAGCUGCAAGUCGCCAGUGGAUAAAGAACAAGGUCAAGGUCAAACGGUAGUCACGGCAACAACAGAUCAUGAUGAUGAUCAGGAUUUCUCCGAAAGCGCCAAUCUCAAUAAAAAAACGUAUGGCGACAAUGAGGACGACCACGAUGAAGGUCAUGAUGACAUGGGGGAGCACGCGCCGCUGAACAAACCCAGUUACUACGACCACGCCACCACUUCUCCCCCUUGCAACGAGGCACUCAUCAGCGGAGGAGGCUACGUGUGGUCACCAGGCACUGUCCAGUCGCCAUACCUCUCUAUGGCCAUGAUGGUCUACAAGGACCCUGCCCUGACUUAUGGCCCUUUCAUUUCAGCCACAUCCGGCCCCGCGCAUACAGACUCUUACAACCCCGGGCUCCUCGCGGCCGACGUAUCGGACACCACGGCGGAGCAAGGUGCUGUGGCUGCGUGCGGCAGGACGUUACCCCGUCAGGCCAGCCUGGGCACAGCCGUCCUGGAGACGGUAUCUACGACCCUACGCCCGCCCCAAGCAACAACCGCUUCCAGCAGCUCCCCGGCUGACACUGCAGCAUCGUCAUGCCCACCGGACGUGCACCGGAUAUUCCCAUCGGACUAUUUGAAUCAGUACCAGCGCAACGCGCCGAGCCCUAAUCCAGCCACCGCAGGCAUCAGUAGUCUGCCCAGCUCUACAGCGUUCAUGAUGAUUAGAACUUUAGAACUACAAGAGACGAUAUAAAAGUAGCACAGUCUGUUUUUAAUGUUUCUGACCAUUUCUUGAGGCUCAACAUUAACUUCAUAGAAUGAUCUAACUCCAAUCUGAGUUCUUGAUAUUACCUUAAAAUGCUCACCGUUGGGAAGAACAGGCUGAAAAUGUUGUAUAGAUUAAAUACAGUUGUACUUAGUGUCCCAGUGUUAAUGGACCUUACGGAAUAUCAGAGAGAAAGACUUCAACCAAAACUUUUCUGUAUUGGAUAUUUUCAUCAAAGGAUGUUACGUAUAAAAGUAGCAAGCUUUUUGGCGUAUCCGGUAUAAAGUUUUCUUUUUUUUCUAAAGUUUGUAUGUUGUUGUUGCCUGUCAUUGAAAUAAAAUCUCUCCAAAUCAAAAAGACAGAGAGGAGUAAAGGGGAGGUGAAGAAUGAAAUAAAAAAAUGUAUACAUAAUAGAGCAAAUUACCGUAAAAAACGUAAAUAACCUGCAAUGUCAAAGUCUACAACGGAGAUAAACAAUGUUACUUUUCUUUUGUGUAAUCAUUGUGUCAUUUCUCAACAUGAGCUAUCAUGUAAUGAAUGACUUUGUUAUCACUUUUUCUGCACUUGGACAUAGGUUGUAUUUUUUUUCUAUUGUUUAAAUACAAAUAAUUAAAUCAUGCUCUAAAUUAACCUUUUUUUUUCCCAAGUAUAAAAGUUUAAAAAUAUAGGUAUAUUUAUAUGGUCUAGCGACUUUGAGGGUAUUGUGUCCUCGCCUAACUUCUUGACACAGGCAUGAUAUUGAUAGUCUGAAUUCUAACAACUAGUGUGGCUUCAAAGUUCAAACUUGUAUACUUUGAGUUUGUUACACCAUCAGGACAUCUGGCUUCACACACACACACACACACACACACACAUAUAGGUUGUACGAAACGGAAGUAGGAGAUUAAACGAGCCGCUUGUUUUGAAAUAUUGUGGAACUCUUCAAAAAAACUCAACCAGAAAUCAUUUAAUGAUUAAUCUUUUACUGUGUCUUUGUUUAAAAUGCGAGUCAGAAUCUAGUCUAUGUCAGUUUAAAGUUCGUAGGGAUGCUAUAGUAUUUAGUUUGUCUUUUCUCUGCAUUUUAUUAGGGAUUAAUGUCCGUGAAGGUCUACUAGUUAAUUAAACCAGUCCUUCGUGGAUCGUCUAGCCAGACCUCGCGGAACAGUAGGGUUCCAUGGAACACAGUUUGGGAAACACUGAACCAACGAAUAACGCAUCUAACAAACAGCACUUUCGACAAAUAGCACAUCUCACGAAAAGAACAUCUAACAAAUAUGACAUAAAAAAAAAAAAUUUCGGAUAAUGUUUUUUUUCCCCUGUUGUAUAUACAUGUAUUACAACACUCGCAGAUGGAAGACUGUUUGGUUGUGGACCUGAUGGUCUUGUUUCAAAACCCAGGGUUAGCCACCGAGUUGUUUUAAAAUGUUUUACAUAUUUCGCAUGUUCCUUCAGAGUUGAAGAUAGUUUACUUCCUAGUCCAAACCUCCCGCAGGACGACGGGGGAUGGGAGCGGGCAGGGUUUGAGCCCGGGACCAUCGAUAAAUCCAAACGACAGUCCAGCGCGCAAACCGCACGACCGUGUUCAUGAUUUGACGUCAGGACUGAAGUGCUAGAGUUCAUCCCCCCCCCUUUCAUUGUAAGCAAAAUGAAGGAGCGUCCCUAAUUCGUAAGAUACGAUAAUUUAAUUUUAUAAACAUCUAAAAAUUGUCACGUGAUUUGUCUGUGCUUUUUCACUUUCUAUCUCUUUUCUCUCUCUAUUUUAUGUUUUUCUAAAAGCUCUUCUCUUUACAGUGUGCAAUGAAACAUAUGUACGAAGUUUACUUGUAUGUGUGUUGAUGUAUGUGUAACUAUUUGUAUGCAUGUCGCAAUGGCGACACAUAUGUGAUGAAAUGUUAGAAGUUUGAUGUGUGUGUGUAUUUUUGUUAUUUUGUUUACGCAUAAAGAAAUGAUUGUCCAGUUAAUGUUUUAAUUGAUACAAUAAUUAUACUGUGUAUAUUGUUUAUAUUGAAGAAGAAACCAUAAUAUGAAACCGAA